GGGCGACCGACACCGGGCGGCGCAUGUGUGUAGAAGGUCGUUUCGAUGCAUUUUGGAUUUUGUUGCAGAAAUAGUGAACAAGGAAUAAGGUUUUUUUGUAUCUAUUUCAAUUGGAAUUUAAUUGAAAAUAGUUAAAAUUCCAAUCUGGUUCAUCUGUGAAUCAUUUCCAAACAUUAAAUAUUCCAGUAGAUUUCAUUUAACAUUUCUCAUUGAAUAUCAUUCAAUUUAUACUUAACGCUGACGAACUGUCAUCGUACUCAAUAUGAUAGACAUCUGGCAGAACACUGACAGCCGCAUCAAUUCAGAAGCGAAGAAGUGAUUAUUGCGAUUUGGCGUGCUUCGUACAGUCACACAUAUUUUUUCUAAAAAUUACCAUUGGAAAAGUGUUUUAGAUAUUAGUUUCUGUUUGUAACGUGAUAAAUUAAGCAAUAUGUACGAAAAUGAAGAAGAAACCUACGAAGAUGAGAAUGAUGAGGAGAUUUCACAUGAACUGUGGCAGGAGGCGUGUUGGAUUGUCAUCAACUCCUACUUCGAUGAAAAAGGUUUGGUGCGACAACAGCUCGACAGUUUCGAUGAAUUUAUUCAGAUGUCUGUGCAACGAAUUGUCGAAGACUCACCGGCCAUUGAAUUGCAAGCCGAAGCUCAGCACACGUCUGGAGAAAUCGAAACACCGCCUCGUUUCGUUUUGAAAUUUGAUCAAAUUUACUUGUCAAAACCGACACAUUGGGAAAAAGAUGGUUCACCAAGUCCUAUGAUGCCGAACGAGGCCCGUUUACGAAACUUAACCUAUUCAGCGCCACUGUACGUCGACAUAACAAAAACGAAAAUUGUCGAAGGUCAAGAUGCGAUUGAAACACAGCAUCAGAAGACGUUCAUCGGAAAGAUUCCCAUUAUGUUGCGUUCCACAUACUGUUUGCUAUUCUCAUUGACCGAUCGUGAUUUGACCGAAUUGAACGAAUGCCCAUUGGAUCCCGGCGGCUAUUUCAUCAUCAACGGUUCGGAAAAAGUGUUGAUUGCCCAAGAGAAAAUGGCCACAAACACUGUGUACGUGUUCAGUAUGAAGGAUGGUAAAUAUGCGUUCAAGACUGAGAUUCGUUCGUGCUUGGAACACAGUUCACGGCCAACGUCAACGCUUUGGGUGAACAUGAUGGCGCGCGGUGGACAGAGUUUGAAGAAAUCAGCAAUUGGUCAACGUAUAAUUGCCAUUUUACCGUAUAUUAAACAAGAAAUUCCCAUUAUGAUUGUAUUCCGAGCGCUUGGUUUCGUCGCCGAUCGUGAUAUUCUCGAACACAUCAUCUAUGAUUUUGACGAUCCCGAAAUGAUGGAAAUGGUUAAACCGUCACUCGACGAAGCGUUUGUGGUGCAAGAACAAAAUGUCGCAUUGAAUUUCAUUGGUGCGAGAGGAGCACGGCCUGGUGUCACGAAAGACAAACGUAUCAAAUACGCGAAAGAAAUUUUGCAAAAAGAAAUGCUGCCACAUGUCGGCGUGUCAGAUUUCUGUGAGACGAAAAAAGCAUAUUUUCUUGGUUACAUGGUGCACCGAUUGCUGUUGGCAUCAUUGGGUCGUCGUGAAUUGGACGAUCGAGAUCAUUACGGUAACAAACGUCUUGACUUAGCCGGUCCAUUGCUCGCCUUCUUGUUCCGCGGUCUAUUCAAAAACCUGAUGAAAGAAGUGCGAAUGUAUGCUCAAAAGUUCAUCGACCGAGGAAAAGACUUCAAUUUGGAAUUGGCCAUCAAAACGAAAAUCAUCACCGACGGUUUACGUUAUUCCCUGGCCACUGGCAACUGGGGCGAUCAGAAAAAGGCGCAUCAAGCUCGUGCUGGAGUAUCACAGGUGUUGAACCGGUUGACAUUCGCUUCGACACUGUCUCACUUGCGUCGUGUCAACUCGCCGAUUGGUCGAGAUGGUAAAUUGGCCAAACCGCGGCAAUUGCAUAAUACGCUCUGGGGAAUGAUCUGCCCAGCCGAAACGCCAGAAGGAGCUGCUGUUGGCUUGGUCAAGAAUUUAGCGCUGAUGGCUUACAUUUCGGUCGGUUCGCAGCCGUCGCCAAUUCUAGAGUUCUUGGAGGAAUGGUCCAUGGAAAACUUGGAAGAAAUUGCACCGUCCGCCAUUGCUGAUGCUACAAAGAUUUUCGUAAAUGGUUGCUGGGUCGGUAUUCAUCGUGAUCCCGAACAAUUGAUGGCCACGCUGCGAAAACUGAGACGACAGAUGGACAUCAUUGUAUCGGAAGUAUCAAUGGUCCGAGAUAUUCGUGAUCGAGAGAUUCGUAUUUACACUGAUGCUGGUCGAAUUUGUCGACCAUUGCUUAUCGUUGAAAACGGUCAGUUGUUGCUCAAGCGGAACAACGUUGAACUGCUGAAAGAGAGAGAUUUCAACAACUACAACUGGCAGGUACUCGUCGCAUCGGGCGUCGUUGAAUACAUUGAUACAUUGGAAGAGGAAACAGUCAUGAUUGCUAUGUCACCUGAUGACUUGAAGGAAAAUAAAGAAUAUGCUUACUGUUCGACAUACACACAUUGUGAAAUUCAUCCGGCCAUGAUUUUGGGCGUUUGCGCAUCAAUUAUCCCAUUCCCCGAUCACAACCAGAGUCCACGUAACACCUAUCAAAGCGCUAUGGGUAAACAAGCUAUGGGCGUUUACAUUACCAAUUUCCACGUGCGAAUGGACACUCUAGCUCACGUUCUCUACUACCCAAUGAAACCGCUCGUUACCACACGAUCGAUGGAGUACUUGCGUUUCAGAGAAUUGCCCGCUGGUAUCAAUUCAAUUGUCGCUAUUUUAUGUUACACGGGAUACAAUCAGGAAGAUAGUGUUAUCUUAAACGCAUCAGCUGUAGAGCGUGGAUUCUUCCGAUCCGUGUUCUACCGUUCAUACAAAGACUCAGAAAACAAACGAAGCGGCGAACAAGAGGAACAAUUCGAAAAGCCCAACCGACAAACGUGUCAAGGCAUGAGAAACGCUCUUUACGACAAAUUGGAUGAUGAUGGUAUUAUUGCGCCCGGUCUUCGUGUGUCCGGUGACGAUGUGAUUAUUGGCAAAACAAUUACGCUGGCUGAAAAUGAUGAUGAGUUGGAAGGAACAAUCAAAAAUUUCACAAAACGAGACGCCUCAACGUUUUUGCGAAACUCUGAAACUGGUAUCGUGGAUCAAGUCAUGUUGACAUUGAACAGUGAAGGCUACAAAUUUUGCAAGAUUCGUGUGCGAUCGGUGCGUAUCCCACAGAUUGGUGACAAGUUUGCUUCUCGGCACGGACAAAAAGGUACCUGCGGUAUUCAGUAUCGACACGAAGACAUGCCGUUCACAUGCGAAGGCCUCGCACCUGAUAUCAUAAUUAAUCCCCAUGCCAUUCCGUCUCGGAUGACAAUUGGCCAUUUGAUUGAGUGCUUGCAAGGGAAAUUGGGAUCAAACAAAGGUGAAAUCGGUGACGCUACACCAUUCAAUGAUGCGGUCAAUGUACAGAAAAUUUCUACAUUCUUGCAAGAGUACGGUUACCAUUUGCGAGGCAACGAAGUCAUGUACAAUGGCCAUACGGGCAGAAAGAUCAAUGCACAAGUAUUCUUGGGUCCGACAUACUAUCAGCGUCUUAAGCACAUGGUCGACGACAAAAUCCAUUCCAGAGCUCGUGGACCGGUGCAGAUUUUGGUGCGUCAACCUAUGGAGGGUCGUGCACGUGAUGGUGGUUUGCGUUUCGGUGAGAUGGAGCGUGAUUGUCAAAUAUCCCAUGGUGCCGCUCAAUUCCUGCGUGAACGUCUUUUCGAAGUGUCCGAUCCGUAUCGUGUACACAUCUGUAACUUCUGCGGUUUGAUUGCCAUCGCUAACUUGAGAAACAACACAUUCGAGUGCAAAGGAUGCAAGAAUAAGACACAGAUCUCCCAAGUUCGGCUUCCUUACGCGGCAAAAUUACUGUUCCAGGAAUUGAUGUCCAUGAACAUCGCUCCACGACUCAUGGUCAUCUAAGCCAUCCGGCUUGUAUUCAUAAACAAAUUUAAACAUCUUUCAUAGAAAUUAAGAUUCAAUUCAUUUAAUUGCAAAGAAAAACACUUCUGCUGUACCAGAAUUUGACGCAAAUCAGUUACUUUUGUAAUGAAAUUAAAAAAAGAUUUAAUUGAGAUAUA